CAUUUCGAUUCAUUUCAUCACUAGGCAUUAUUUGAGUAACUGAAUGAAAAAUUCAAAAUUUUAGUGCAAUUUCUUUUAAAAUCAUAAAGAAUUUAAAAAAAUAAUAAAAUUUCUGUGCUAGAUUAACCAUCAAAAUGGUAUUUCCAUGCUACAAGUACGAUUCACCAAGACCUUGGAAGAGUUGGGAAUUACGAGGAGGAAUUUUAUAUACUGAUUGUCACUGUUUGAGACGCAACGGUCUUCAAUAUGACUGUCGUAGAACGGGAUGCCAGAACUCACCUUGUUGUGAAACAUUGCCAGCUCCAAAAUGUGUUCCGGCCGACAUAGCAUGUAUGAAACACAAGUCAAACCCACACGCAGAGCCAUUACUUCAAAUUUGUAAAAUGAGAAAAUAUUAAUUGAUAAUAACAACAGUUAAGUGUGGCUAUACCCUGGAAUCAUCUACCUUUUUCAAGGAUCAUACUGGCUGAAAACAGUUCUAGAAGAAAACAUAAAUCAAACGUAGAACCGAAAAAUGUCCCAACCAUCUGACGGAAGAUCAUUUUUAUUUGAGGAAUGACCUCGCAAUUAUUAUAAAUUUUUAUAAACAUUUUUAUAUUAAAUCAAAAUUUAAAAGUGAGAAUUAACUUCUAAAAAUCAAUAAAAUCAGAAAAAUUGAAAAAUAACAAGCGUCAGCUCUUUUCUUUACAACUUUAUUAUUCUAAGUGAAGGUUGAAGAUGUGUUCGCCAUGUGGUCCCAUGGUGUGCUAUAAGUACGAAGACUGUGGACCCCCGAAAGGUCGAUCGGCUGAUUCAUCUCCACUUGCGGCAGAGGAUGGCGCAGAAAAAAAGAGCGAAAAAGAAAAUCAACUCAAAAGAACGAAAAGCAGAGAGCUUCGUGGUGGAAUAAUGUAUUAUAGUUGUCACUGUAUCAAGCGCAACGGAUUACAACAUGAUUGUAGGCGAACUGGAUGUGGCGGCGAGCCACCCUGUUUAGUUUUACCAGAUCCCUUGUGUGCGCCAAGUCAAUUAGCUCGUGCCAGAGGUCUUGCUGACCCUGCUCCUCUUGCAGCACACUACAGAGCGCAAGCGGGUGGGCCAAGUGCAUCAGCUGAUGCUUCUGGUGCCUCCGGUGGAAGUGGGAAACGCUUUAUCGUGUGUGAACUGAAAGGCAUACUUCCGGAAAGUCAAACGGACAAGAGCAGUAAAUGUUGUUGCUCUUCGAAGGCUGGAGGCCCCACAUCCAGUGAAAACCCAAGUGCUGCUGCAGGCUUACCCGUUUUAGUGAUGAAACUUUGUUAAGACUUUACCCCGACUAAGUUAUGUACAUCUUAAUAUGAUACAAUCAAUAAUUGCAAUAAACAUUUAUUACAAUUGUU